AUGGCCGAUCACGAUGUUCCCGACUCGACGGAUUGGCUCUCAACGCCUCUUGCCUCCCUUGCCGCUGUUGAAAGCGCAUUGCGAUGUCAAGUUUGCAAGGACUUCUUCCGGACGCCUAUGAUCACGACUUGCUCUCAUACAUUCUGUUCACUAUGCAUUCGAAGGGCAUUAUCUAAUGAGGGAAAAUGUCCGCUCUGUCGGGCACCAGAGCAGGAGCUCAAACUACGGAGCAAUUGGUCGGUAGAGGAGGCUGUAGAGGCGUUCGUGAAGGCGAGAACAGCGACUUUGGAAAUGGCACGGAACCAUGAUGGACAGCGAACAACUUCUAAACGAAAACCUGUGGAGGACCAUCACGAGUCAGGAGAUGCGCCAGACGGCAAGCGGCUACGUUCAUCCUCGCGACUACGAAUCACACGAAAUGCCACGUCUUAUACAACACCCACAGAAGAGGAUGAGAUUGUUGAAGUAUCAGACGAGGAUGAUGAUUUCCAACCAGAGCCAGAGGAUGGUCUUGUUGCAUGUCCAGUUUGCCAAAGCCGGAUGAAAGAAUGGCAGGUAUUCAAGCACCUUGAAACAUGCACGGGUUCUACACCGAAACCCCGUCGGACUAUCGCGAGCAGUUCGAGCCCUGGUGCCGGCCAGCAUCGACAGCAAACACCGACUUUCGAACGUCUUCCUGCGAUUAAUUACUCCAUGUACAAAGACCCAGCUUUGCGUAAGAAGAUGUCAGAUCUUGGAAUUUCGAGCCAGGGCCCCCGCACCCUUCUUCAGCGUCGACACAAAGAAUGGAUGACAAUAUGGAACUCGAAUUGCGAUGCUGCACAGCCCAGAAAACAUCGCGAGUUACUACAGGACUUAGAAACAUGGGAGAAGACUCAAGGAGGCAGGGCUCCAACUACAGGCCGCUCGGCUCAGAAUGCUGCCGUUAUUAAGGACAAAGACUUUGAUGGCGCAGCAUGGGCGGCUAAGCAUGAUGCAUCUUUCCAGGAUCUGAUCAAUCAAGCGAGAAAGACCAGACUUGAGGCCAAAAAGAAGGCCGAGGCAGCGGCAAAGGAGACGGCCACCAGUCUGUCUCAGGAACCCUCAAACUUCAUGGGGUUGCCGUCAAGUACGGCUGAGAUGUCUGCCGACUUAUCCUCGUAUACGGCAAUCCCCAAUGGAUAUUCUCAAAUGCCUCCACAACCUCAAUUUGCUGUCUCACACGAUAGCAACAUGGAUAUGGACAACCAGAGGGCAUAUUCUUACAGAGAUGUGCUCCCACAAGACCCAGCGCUGGGUCAAACAUGGUCACGGAAUGCCGGAAACAAUUCUUGA